GACAGCCUCUCACACAUCAUCUCUAUAGCUUCACCAACUGGGAAACUAACUCACCUGCAAUCUCUCCAACCAAAUAACCCCCAACGUUUUGACUACUGCCAUCUGACAUGGAGACCCAGCAAAGACACGGAAACCACUCACUUUGCCACACCUGCCGAAGAACGGAAAACAGCAGAAUGAAGGUCAAGAAGAUGUCUUCGUCCAGUCGUGCGCUGCUGUUUGCACUGGCCCUGACGCUCUACAUAGUCGAAGUGGCCUCGGCAGAGACGCUGUGUGGGGGAGAGCUGGUAGAUGCACUGCAGUUUGUCUGUGAAGAUAGAGGCUUCUAUUUCAGUAGGCCACAGAGAGGGAUUAGCAAUCGGCGCACCCAGAACCGUGGGAUCGUGGAGGAGUGUUGUUUCCGUAGCUGUGACCUCAACCUGCUGGAGCAGUACUGCGCCAAACCCGCCAAGUCCGAAAGGGACGUGUCGGCCACCUCUCUACAGGUCAUACCCGUGAUGCCCGCACUAAAAACGGAAGUCCCAAGGAAGCAGCAUGUGACCGUGAAGUAUUCCAAAUACGAGGUGUGGCAGAGGAAGGCGGCCCAGCGGCUCCGGAGGGGUGUCCCCGCCAUCCUGAGGGCCAGAAAGUUCCGGAGGCAGGCAGAGAAAAUCAAGGCCCAGGAGCAGGCAGUCUUCCACAGGCCCCUGAUCAGCCUGCCCAGCAAACUGCCUCCCGUCCUGCUCCCCACGGACAACUAUGUCAACCACAAAUGAGCCCGCCGCCAGCCCUUUGCACAGACAAGAGUUUGGAGGGAGAAAAAAAAAGACUAGGGGAUUAUAGCUUUGUCUCUGACGUCAUUUCUGUGGCAGUCCUCUUUGACCUCCCCUGCCCUGUCCGAGCCCACCAGUCCCUCCCCCUGCUCUCAUCUACUACUUCUUGACCCCCUGCCCCUCUCUAAUGCCCCCCCACCCACCCCGCCCCACCCAACCCCUCCUGCUCCGGCACACAAACAUGCCUUCACAUUCUCCCUGUCUCAACUCUUUCGCUCCCUCUCUCUUUCAUUCACUGACACAAAAGGCACAAACACAAAUGAUGAACAAAAAGUUAACAAUUCGGCUGAAUGCAAUGCAGGUGGAUCCUUAAGUAAAAGAGAAAAGGAAAGGGAGAAAAGAAGAUGAAAGAGAUCUAUGGCCUGCAAGUGUCAAGAGGACACCCAGCGGAAUGUUUUUUUGUCCUUGUGGAAAACAACAGAAAGUGAAGAGCAGCUUGCAUGAAAGAAUCCAUUCCACAACACUUUCCUGAGGCAAAAAGAAAAUCUCUGUUAGUUCUUUUUCUUAUUAGUUUGCACCUCUAACUAUAAAGGGACUUCCACACUGUAAGGAAUUAUUUUGUAAAAUUAGAUUCCUGUUCCAGCACCUUUUAAUCACAAACAAAAAGCAGAAAAGAGUCUGCAAAAUUGCACAUUGCCACGGAUUACGUCAAAGUAAAGAAAAAAAAGGCACUAUUUUUUUAUGAACAAUGAACGUGUAGCUUAAAAAAAUGUCAUGGUGCUAGCUUUGAGAAUGGACUCAAAGAAGAGGUUGAAAAGCACGUUUUUUUUCUUUGAAUGAAUAUUAAAACUUUCCGUUUUAAGGAAAGUGUGACUUUAAAAAAAAAAGGAAAAUAAAGGAUAUGGGGGAGCUCCUGGCAGUGGCAAUGUAAAGGGGGAAGUGUCACUGAGAGAAGACAUGGGCUGCGUCUAGGCUAACAGCGAGUGCUAGCGGCUGCUCAUCACUAGCUUGCCAGCUGAACUGGCAAGGGGGAGACCUGAGACCCAGUCCCCGCGUCUCCCGUCCCUGUGAGGCCGCCGGAGACAGGGAGCAGCGUGGGGACAGAAAUGGGACACCACGGACCGCCUGGAUUGGGACAGUACUACAGUUCUGGGACAGUACUUCCUGUUUGCCAUGGCUUUGCAGACUGAUCUGACAGGAUUACUUCCUGUCAGAUGGCAUGGACACAGAGCGAGUAGGAUAACGAUGAUUCUUAUUUUAUUUUGUCUUUUUUUUCUGUUUUCUUUUCCUAUCAAUGUUUCAAUGAACAACAACAACAACAACAAAAAAAAAAAAAAAAAAAGGAAAACCCCAUCAGUUUCUGGUACCGUGACAUUCCUGUUUUGCAAGUUAGGCAUUUUUUUUUUUUUUUUUUUUUUUUUGGUUUCCAUGGUUAUUGU